UGUCCUCGAUACUUCUAAUAACCCUUACGUAAAAUACUUUACAUACAUGUUUAACUAUUAUAUCUCACAACUACUUCAGAUGUCUGUGUCCUGUCCUCGAUACUUCUAAUAACCCUUACGUAAAAUACUUUACAUACAUGUUUAACUAUUAUAUCUCACAACUACUUCAGAUGUCUGUGUCCUGUCCUCGAUACUUCUAAUAACCCUUACGUAAAAUACUUUACAUACAUGUUUAACCAUUAUAUCUCACAACUACUUCAGAUGUCUGUGUCCUGUCCUCGAUACUUCUACGUCUCUGGACUGUGGAUAGUCGGCAUCAGCAUCACGGUGUUUGGGUGGAUAAACCAUGCGCCAGCAGGAACCCCGUUCAUUGCUAUCUGUUUCGCAGUGAGGGUUGUUGAAGCAUUGGGUACAGCGUCUCUUCUCACAGCCAGCUUCGCCAUAGCCACCAUCAACUUCCCCGACAAUGUGGGGACGGCCUAUGGUAUCCUGGAGACAGUGACUGGAUGUGGAUUCAUGCUUGGUCCAGCAAUGGGAGGGGGACUCUAUGAGGCAAGAACUUAACUUAAAAAGAAGAAUGAAUAAUUUGCUUAUUUCACAACUAAACAAAC